AUCAUUAGGGAGUGCUUGUGGAUGGGUUGGUUCUCGGCGGGUGGUCUCUGGGGUUCGACAGUGGUUUGGAGAAAGACGGUGGAAGUCUUCCUCCAAACAGUAGCACAUUGGCUGUAUUCUGUAUAAUCUUCUUAAUUCCACACACCACACCCAAAGGCAAUUUUCAAUCCCAGGAUGUCGCCAUUACUUUCAAUCGUUCCAGGAGUACAUACCUGGCUUGUCUGACCUGGACGUUAGUUUCUACCGCGCCCUAUCGAUCUUCGUUUCCUUCUACCUCAAGACAUAUCUCCUCUGCGACUUGCUUUAAUAGUGACCUCAGCUACAAAAACGCAUAGGAGAAAACGAUUUGAUGCUCCACCCCAUCUACAUCCCUAGACAAGAUUUCAAAAAUAUCCAAAUCAUGACUGAAAUAUCAAAAAGCGCCGAAACGCCAGGUUGUAAUAACUUACUCACUUGGUCCGAAGAUUUGUUGAACCUUUCAGACCUAUCUGCAGAGUCUGGAUCUUUGAAAGUAGAUUUUGAACGGGUUCCCCACAGCGGCAGUAGCGCCAGCUCUGAAGACCCCUUCCAAAAUUCAUGUCCAUCGUCGAAUUUUACAUCUGGAAAUGGGGCCAUAACGCACGCAACUCAUUAUCUGCGCUAUUCACAGCAUCCGUGCCAAAACUUUCUCUACGGAUCUGCUACUUUGGCGAAUUUUGGCGCUUCGGAUCAUACCGCUUACAUCGAGGAGCAGAUUGAGCCGUCGGCACAUAACAGCCACCUUCCCCCCGUCCCGAUGGUAGAAAGUAGAACUCAUAUCGGCGUUAGGUCACACACUUUCUUAAACAAUUCCAUAUAUAGACCCAGUUUUCGAAAAGUUUCAACUAAAGUGAAACCAGAUGACGGAGAUUCAGAAGGGCGUCUGAAAAAUUUGGGCCAGAAUACCGGUCUCACGGAGAAUCAGGGCUCGCUUAAUCGUUUGACGGUUGCUACAACUGCUACCUCAGAGCGCUUAGACAGUGAGAAUUUUGCUAGCCUGGCCACACCGAGAACGCCGACCGAAGACACCUCCGGUCCGAUUGAAGUAGUAGCAAAGAAUGAUCUCACUCCUGGUUCUCAGCUAGGGGCUGCUUGCCAUGGACAAUUCAAUGAGCUCCAUUUCCCGCGCUACUUGGGGUGUUCACCCUCCAAUUCCCUAGAAAGCUCUAUGAAGAUGGACACGAUCCCAGAACCUCCUGAUAUGGACGGCGGACUGCGCCCAUCGCAGCGUUUUCUUACAAAUGGAAGUAAGAGUUAUUCCAUCUCGAGUUCCACAGAGAGCCAAGACAAGGACGCGUUUCACGCUAGAGGGGAGAGCAUUGUUGUAGCUAGGGACCACGCGAAUAUAAUUGGGACAAGUCGGGUGGUUUGUGGAAGGAAGUAUCGGGAGUACCCGUGCCCGCAUUGUCAAAAACUUUUUGCGCGCCCGUCAACCUUGAUGCAACACCAGCGCAUACACACUGGUGAACGGCCUUACACCUGCGAGGUUCCUGGAUGUGACCAAACCUUCAAUAUUCUCUCCAACGCUCGACGGCACUCCAAGAGACACAAGAUCAGUUCCGACGCGUCCACAGCUCUCUGUAAGGAAAGGACGAUCAAUCUAUGAAGAAACUAUGCUGGUUGAAUAUUUAAUCAUCCACUCAUGAGGUCUUAUGGGGUUUCGUCUCGCACAUGCGUAUAUCCGAACAGCUCCAAUACCUACUUAUUUAUCUCUUGUUUUUCAAUCGAACCAGGCUUCUUUCAAUGCUUCUUUCAAUUUCGAGUUAUUUGUAUUUUCUCCUGAUAUUAAUUUGGAUAUGUAUUUUGAAGUCGAAAUUGGAGGUCAGAGAAGCCCCAUCAUAACAAAAACGAUAAGUUUGAGGGAAUUAGAUCACAACGAAGUGUUUUCAAGUCAUCUUUUCUCCGUUCGUACGGAG